GGGUUUGGGUGGUGGCAGUAAAGUGAGCUCAGAGGUUUCGGUGAAGUUUCUCACUCUGACUGCUCUGCCUUUACUGACUCCUGUCCCGUCCUGACAGACCUUGUUUGUCCUCUUCGCUACUAGUCCGACCCUUUUGGAGAUCUUGAAGUCUCGCCUCAUCCAGUUUUAGAAGAUGCAGGCUAUCAAAUGUGUGGUGGUGGGGGAUGGAGCCGUGGGUAAAACCUGUCUGCUGAUCAGCUACACGACGAAUGCCUUUCCUGGAGAAUACAUCCCCACCGUAUUCGAUAACUAUUCCGCCAAUGUGAUGGUGGAUGGGAAGCCAGUGAAUUUGGGGCUAUGGGAUACGGCUGGACAAGAGGAUUAUGACCGCCUUCGACCACUCUCCUACCCACAGACCGAUGUUUUCUUGAUCUGCUUUUCAUUGGUCAGCCCCGCGUCAUUUGAAAAUGUCCGCGCCAAGUGGUAUCCUGAGGUGCGGCAUCACUGUCCCAGUACUCCUAUAAUCCUGGUAGGCACCAAAUUGGAUCUGAGGGACGAUAAAGACACCAUUGAGAAACUGAAGGAGAAGAAAUUGGCACCCAUCACCUACCCACAAGGACUAGCUAUGACAAAGGAGAUUGGAUCAAUGCGAUACCUUGAGUGCUCAGCACUCACACAGCGAGGUCUAAAGACUGUGUUCGAUGAGGCCAUUCGUGCCGUGCUAUGCCCAGCUCCUGAGGAGAGGAAAAAGAAGAAAUGUCUGCUACUGUAAAAGUGGCCCAGUGUCUCCAGUCGAACCUAGGAAUGUAUUGAAUGAGUUGGAGCCGUGUGUCCUGGAAUUGUGAAGCAAUCUUUGUAACAUACAUUUUGAGGAUGUAACAUUACAGUUUUAAUUACGUGUUUUUAAAGAACAAAAUAUUUUUGCUAUUUGUUUUCCUUGUAAAUUGUGCAUUAAGACCAAAAAAGCAUGUUAUUGUUGUAAGCGUUAAUUGAUUAGGAAUCCUGUUAUCCAACAGGCUGGAGAUAGCAAUCCCCCACAAUGAUUGAUAUUCAGUUUGAUGUCUUUGAAUCUGCCCCAAAACUUAUUGAGGGAGGAAAUAUUUUCUUCCUGAGCCCUCCUACGCUUCUAUUUGAGCCAGUCGCUCCUCAUUUUCUCCCAGAACAUCCACUUGUCAGAGCGGAGGCCGUCAAUUCCUGGAUUAACCCCUUGAGAUGCAAAGCAUUUUAAAACUCUCUUUACCUCCAGGAGACAAACUAUAGAACUUUGCUCGUUUUUAACAGAGUAAUAUCUUUUCCUCUUGAGCUAAAUCUUUUUUUUUUGUUCAGAAAGUCAAAAUAUUUGUGUAAGGAAAGAGCAGUUACCAGCUGGAACCAAAUGCCAGCAUCAAGCAGACCCCCAUGUUAGCUGUAGCUUCGUUAAAUAUAGAGCUCUGAGGCACCAGUGAAAAUUUUAAGGAUUUCAAAUUCAGAAUUGCUUCUGUGUUUUUUUUUUGGCAAACUAUUACAGCUAUAACUAUAAAUAACGUCUGUAACUCACUUCCCCACAACAAAAUCUGUGUGAAAUGAGAGUACAACUACUGGCUGCCAGUCAGGGUUGUGUGGGGAAUGGGGUUAGGUACAGUGUUCCAGGACAGGGUCCCCUCCUGUUCAUUCUCAGGCUGGCUCAGGUGGGGGUGGCGCAGGGGGUUGGACGAGGUUGGGGCAGACUUGCUUGGAGACCAGGUGGGCUUUACUCUGUAGCUAAGCCAUCCCAGCAUCUUGAGUUUGGUGGGGGCGGGGGGGGGGGAAUUUGGGGUUGCAAUACCAAGAGCUGUGGAGGCAAAUGUUUUGACCUCUGGAGAAUCUGGCUUGAGCCUUUCCGACUUUACCAGCCUGUUAACCCCCAGGGCUGCAUCUCUGCUCCUAACCUGUUUCUACUGUUCCACAGUUACAACAAUCUGCAUUUGCACAGCAUCUCUGUUAUAAAAAGCUUCUAUCCUUCACUGGAGCGAUUAGUCAUAGAGAUGAACAGCAGUCCAUCUUCAGUCCAACUCGUCCAUUUUAAGCCCAGGUAUCCUGAAUUGCCCUCCGGUGUAGCCAAUCUUCAGGAGAUGGGGUGGGGGGGAGGGGGUUUGGUUUGGGAGCAGUAAAAGGAGUGAGGGAGGGGAAAGGAAGCAGUAGAUGGAGGACUUUGUGUUCCAAAGUGCAAGCAAAUCGAAACCUGGUCACCGUGUGGAUUUGAACACCCAUGUGGUGGGCAGGGCACUGAUGAUGGAAGUGAAUGUACCCCUUUCUCAGCACCAUUUUUAUUUGCCUUUAAGUGGGUCGAGGGAGAGUCUGUUCUCCCAUCACAAGGAGGGCCCUGCCUUUAUAAGGAGAAAGCUGCAAACAAUUGGUGAUGGCGUUUUGACUGUGUGGUUCCAGUCUUGACUGCAGAGAGGGCCACACUUGGUUGCUCCCAUCAUGCCUUACCCACCACCCCUUUUUUUUUAAAGCUUAGAGACCAAUUUUGUACUAAUAUUUCCCCACUCCACCAUCAGGGGUAAUUGUCCUUGGAGACCUUGUGACUUCUCAGGAUUCCAAAUUGUAUUCUAACUUCUUGAAGACUCUAAGGGAGAUCUGUUAGUUAGUAUUGGGGGUUCCCUGUCCUGAUACACCUGCAAAUAAAAAAUGUCUGUCUUGUAUCAAAAACAAUUAAUACUUUUUGAUGCCUCCCCCCAAAAAUCUGUAGUUUGCCUGUUUCCCCCAUGCUUCAGUUGUGUUGCCCUCCAAUUGUCAUUUCAGGUCUACAACCCCUGCACCUCUGGAAUAUUAGCUUUUAUGUGCUUCAUGUACAAUCACUAUAUAUUUUUAAAAUCCAUUAGGUACCCUGCUAGACUGCAUUUUUUAAUACAGGUGUCAGAUUUUUUAGAACAUGAUCUGCAAGUUUCAAAAGCAAAGUGACUUCAUGCAAGAGUUUGUGGACUCAACGCAACCAGAAAUUGAGGAAUUUGCUACAAAUUUCAGUUUUUCUAAGGAAAUAAAAUCUGCAAUCUGUAAGCAUGA